UGCACAUUCACAUUGUUCUUUUAAUCAUGGCUGAUCUCCUGCUGCUAGUCGUUCUCAUGUAUUCUUUUCAUGCAAUUAAAGCACAAGAUCUUCGUCCACCUAAACUGACAGUGAGCCCGCUGAUGAUCACAGAGACAGACUCAGUUACGCUGGACUGUCAGAAUCCUCUUCCUAUCUCUCAGUGUUAUUUCAGCAUUUCAGGAUUUAAUACUGAUAAAACAGCUCCUUGUUUGUGGACUCUGACAGGAUCUGAAUUUCUGUCAUUGACACAUGAAAGUUCACCUGUUACAAUUGAAGUGACCUGUUAUUACCUUUUAGCAUAUAAAUCUCCAAUGAGUUUAAUGUCACCAAUCACCAUACAACCUCCUCGGCCUGAACUGACAGUGAAUCCACGGAAGAUCAUAGAAACAGACUCAGUCACAGUGAACUGUCAGACUCCAUCAUCUGUUCCUGUGACUCAGUGUUUUUUGUACUUUGUGAGAAGCAGAAACUCUACGUCCAUCUCCUGUCAGCAGAGAAUUGAUGGAACUGAGCUCCUCUCUAUGGCAGAGCAGAGCUCAUCCGGUGAGGUUGAAGUCACAUGUUUUUACAUGACAGAGCGUAAAGGAAGACAAUACCAGUCUCCUCACAGUAACAUAUCUUCAAUCAACAUACAAAUUACUCGACCUGAACUGACAGUGAAUCCACAGAUGAUCACAGAAACAGACUCAGUCGCACUGAACUGUCAGGCUCCAUCAUCUUUUUCUGUGACUCAGUGUUUUUUGUACUUUACGAGAAGAAGAAAAUCUACAUCCAUCUCCUGUCUGCAGAUAUUAAGAGGAACUGAGCUCCUCUCUUUGACACAGCAGAGUUCACCUGCUGAGGUGGAAGUGACAUGUUUUUACAUGUCACAGCAUAAAGGAGAACAAUACCAGUCUCCUCACAGCAACAUAUAUUUCAUCAGUAUACAAACUGAAAAAAACACUUUGACCCCUGCACCUCCUACUGUUAUGAACUUCACAAGUGACACAUUCAUGAGAGACACAACUAUUGAUCCAUCACUUAUUUCUGGAAACAGUUUGACCUCUGCUCCUGGUACUCCCACGAAUUUCAGCAGAGAUGCUACUACAGCAGAAAAAAUGAUGUGGAUGAUCGGAGCAGUGGUGAUAGUGGAUGUCCUCCUUCUUGCAUUGCCUUUUCUCUUUAAUCAAAGCAGGACUGAGAAAUGCAGUUCCAUGAGGUGA